AUGCAGCCAAACAGCCUCUAUGUGAACAACUAUCAAAAACAACCUACUAUUAUUCCAACGGUCAGUACCACAACCAGCACAGCUUCUUCAACAGCCAGCACUACCCAGAGUACGGUACCUCCAACAGUCAGCACGUUAUCCAGCGCUUCAGGAAACACAACUCCAAAACCAAUUUAUCUCACUGUUAACUUCACCUUGACCAAUCUGCCUUUCACAUCAGAAUUAAACAACAAAAACAACAUCAUAGCAAAAAACAUUACAUCUCUGGCUAACCAACUUCUUCAGAACAGCACUUUGGCUCCCGUGUUUUCAUCUUGUCAUUCUGUUAGUUACAGACUAUCAAAACAACCUACUAUUAUUCCAACGGUCAGUACCACAACCAGCACAGCUUCUUCAACAGCCAGCACUACCCAGAGUACGGUACCUCCAACAGUCAGCACGUUAUCCAGCGCUUCAGGAAACACAACUCCAAAACCAAUUUAUCUCACUGUUAACUUCACCUUGACCAAUCUGCCUUUCACAUCAGAAUUAAACAACAAAAACAACAUCAUAGCAAAAAACAUUACAUCUCUGGCUAACCAACUUCUUCAGAACAGCACUUUGGCUCCCGUGUUUUCAUCUUGUCAUUCUGUUAGUUACAGUGCAGGUCCCCAAAACGUUACAAAAGCAGUGAUCAGCUGUGGGUUCAAGAACGACACGUCUCCGACUCAAUUCAACAAAUACAACAUCUAUGACCUGCUUCAAAAUAAAACCCAAAACGGCACCAACUUGGGACCGUAUACAAUGCAGCCAAACAGCCUCUAUGUGAACAACUAUCAAAAACAACCUACUAUUAUUCCAACGGUCAGUACCACAACCAGCACAGCUUCUUCAACAGCCAGCACUACCCAGAGUACGGUACCUCCAACAGUCAGCACGUUAUCCAGCGCUUCAGGAAACACAACUCCAAAACCAAUUUAUCUCACUGUUAACUUCACCUUGACCAAUCUGCCUUUCACAUCAGCAUUAAACAACAAAAACAACAUCAUAGCAAAAAACAUUACAUCUCUGGCUGACCAACUUCUUCAGAAUAGCACUUUGGCUCCCGUGUUUUCAUCUUGUCAUUCUAUAAGUUACAGUGCAGGUCCCCAAAACGUUACAAAUGUAGUGAUCAGCUGUGGGUUCAAGAAUGACACGUCUCCGCCUCAAUUCAACAAAUACAUCAUCUAUGACCUGCUUCAAAAUAAAACCCAAAACGGCACCAACUUGGGACCGUAUACAAUGCAGCCAAACAGCCUCUAUGUGAACAACUAUCCAAAACAACCUGCUGUCAUUCCAACGGUCAACACCUCAACGGUCAGCACUACACGGAGUACGGUGCCUCCAACAAUCAGCACGUCAUUCAGCACUUCAGCAAACACAAGUGAAAAUACAAUUCAUUUCUCUAUCAGUUUCAACUUGAUAAACCUGCCAUUCAAUGAACAACUGACAAACAAAAGCAGCCCUGUACCACAGAACAUCACACAUCUGGUCACUCAAGUGCUUCAGAACAGCAGUUUGUCUUCGGAGCUUUCUUCUUGUCAGUUGAACUCCUUCAGUCAUGGACCCAACAACAGCACGGCAGUGAACAUCACCUGUCAGUUCAAGAAUGACACUGCAUCGAUGAACCUAGACAGGGUAGCCAUAUAUGAACAUCUCAACAACAGAACUCAAAACAGUAGGGCACUGGGACCAUAUAACAUGGACCCCAACAGCCUCUAUGUCAAUGGUUACCAUCCCAUACAACCAGUUCCUGCACCAUCUCUGGUUUAUUUCAUGAUUAACUUCACACUCACCAAUGUGAACCUCACAGAUGAGCUUUCAAACAAAAGCAGCCCAGCGUCAAACAACAUCACAUUGCUGGUCACUAAAAUAUUUCAAAAUAGCAGCUGGUCACAGGAGUUUUCUUCUUGUCAACCUGCCAACUUCAGCCAUGGAACCAAUAACAGUACGGAAGUACAACUCAGAUGUAAAUUCAAGAAUGACACUUCAUUGAAGAACCUGAACAAGGUGGUGGUCUAUGAUUUGGUCAACAAUGAAACUCACAACAGCAGAGCACUGGGACCAUACACUAUGGACCCUAAUAGCCUCUAUGUUAAUGGUUACCAUAAAUUGCCCACAUCAGAAUCUCUGGCUAAUUUCACUGUUAACUUCACACUGACCAACCUGAGUUUUACUGCAGCACUCACAAACAAAAGCAGUCCAGUGGCAAAAAACGUCUCAUUGAUGUUCACUAAUGUGCUGCAGACCAGCAGUCUGUCUCCAGAGUUUUCCUCUUGUCAGCCUGCUACCUUCAGUCCUGGAAUGAACAACAGUACAGCAGUGCAACUCACAUGCACAUUCAAGAAGAACACUUCGCUGAAUUUGGACAGAGUAGUCGUCUAUCAGCAGAUCAGCAAUGGAACUCAAAACAGCACAGCACUUGGACCAUACAGCAUGGACCCCAACAGCCUUUAUGUAAAUGGUUAUCAUGCCAUAGUACCAACUCCUCCACCAUCUCCAGUUUAUUUCACGAUUAACUUCACACUCACCAACCUGAACUUCACAGAAAACCUCAACAACAAAAGUAAUUCGGUGUCAAAAAACAUCAAAUCACUGAUGACCAAUGUGCUUCAAAACGGCAAUUUGUCUUCACAGCUUUCUUCUUGUCAGACUACUUCCUUCAGUCAUGGACCCAGUAACAGUACAGAAGUGCUGCUCAGUUGCACAUUUAAAAACAACACUUUACAGAUGAACCCCGACAGGGUGGCCGUCUAUGAAGCUAUCAACAAUGGAACUAACGGCAGCACAGCACUGGGGCCGUACAGUAUGGACCCCAACAGCCUCUAUGUCAAUGGAUACCAUCCCGUGGUACCAACACCUACUCCAUCUCCAGUUUAUUUCACGAUUAACUUCACACUCACCAACCUGAACUUCACAGAUAACCUCAACAACAAAAGUAGUUUGGUGUCAAACAACAUCAAAUCCCUGAUGGCCAAUGUGCUUCAAAACAGCAAUUUGACUUCAGAGCUUUCUUCCUGUCAGCCUGCUUCCUUCAGUCAUGGACCCAGUAACAGUACAAAAGUGCUGCUCAGUUGCACAUUUAAGAACAACACUUUACAGAUGAACCCCGACAGGGUGGCCGUCUAUGAAGCGAUCAACAAUGGAACCAACGGCAGCACAGCACUGGGGCCGUACAGUAUGGACCCCAACAGCCUCUAUGUCAAUGGAUACCAUCCCGUGGUACCAACACCUACUCCAUCUCCAGUUUAUUUCACGAUUAACUUCACACUCACCAACCUGAACUUCACAGAUAACCUCAACAACAAAAGUAGUUUGGUGUCAAACAACAUCAAAUCCCUGAUGGCCAAUGUGCUUCAAAACAGCAAUUUGACUUCAGAGCUUUCUUCCUGUCAGCCUGCUUCCUUCAGUCAUGGACCCAGUAACAGUACAAAAGUGCUGCUCAGUUGCACAUUUAAGAACAACACUUUACAGAUGAACCCCGACAGGGUGGCCGUCUAUGAAGCGAUCAACAAUGGAACUAACGGCAGCACAGCACUGGGGCCGUACAGUAUUGACCCCAACAGCCUCUAUGUCAAUGGUUACCAUGAAGUGCUUCCUGCUCCAACACUAUCUCCAGUCUACUUCACUAUUAACUUCACAUUAACCAAUCUGAGUUUCAGUGGAGAGCUUUCAAACAAAAGCAACCCAGUGGUAAACACUAUCACAUCGCUGGUCAGUAAUAUGCUUCAAAACAGCAGUUUGUCUCCAGGAAUUUAAUUCCUGUCAGCCAUUUUCCUUCAGUCGUGGACUCAACAGUGGUACAACUGUAGUGCUGAGCUGCACAUUCAAGAAUGACACUUCAGUGACAAAUUUGAACAGAGUGAC